AUAAAUAGCUGGUUAAGUCCCGUCCGGUCUUUGUAAAGCUCGUUGGCUUGAGUUUGGAGGAGGGAUCAAGCGUCUAUAAAAGACGAAGUGACGCAAGAUUUCACACACCGCUUCCUGAGGUUCAGCUGAGCAGCAUCGGCUCAGUGUGACUGCUUUGGGGGAAAGGAAUUUUGAAGGAGGAUUUCACUGUUAGACUGCGGAAGAUGACUUGUGCAAAUGUGAUGUCGCGGUUUGGCCCUCCUGUCUCCAUGAGGUCGGUGGACGUGGGCUUCCGGUGCAGAGGCUCUCCACACAUCAACCACCUGUCUUCUCCCAAACCCCUGCGGCCCUGCAUCUCGCAUCAGCCGGUGUUCGAGUACAGACACUCCCCUUCAAAGGGCCUCAUCAAGAGCGGCCGCGGGGAGAAACGCGUCGCGUUCGCGGACGCCAAAGGGCUUUCACUCAUCACAGUGCGCCUCUUCUCCGAGAAGGAGGACAAAAUCCCGCGCGAGCCGCUGAAAAUACCCCGACUGAAGAAGCUGAGUUGCGCAACAGAGCCUGCUAAUAAGACUUUGAGGUUGAGUGUGGGGUUCGAGCAGCCCUGCAGAGAUUUCCAGGCGUUCAGAAGUCGGCUUCAGGAUCACAUGGUGCUGUUGGAGAGCUGUGACGUCAGUAAACGCUGCAUUCUGGGCACCGUGCGCGUCAAGAACGUCUGCUUCGAGAAAGUGGUACACAUCCGGAUUACUUUCGAUACCUGGCGCAGUUACCUGGACGUACCGUGUACGUACCUGGAUCAGUGUUACGGGGAACCUGGAACUGACGUGUUUGAGUUUAACAUCAGCGUUCCUGAACGAAUAGACCCGCGCGAGCGCAUCGAGUUCUGCGUGUCUUACUUACCGGCCGCGCUCGGUGCCACUGAAUGGGACAAUAAUAAUGGCAAUAACUACUGUAUUAAUGUGUGUGGCGCUGAAUCUGCUGCUGUCCAAUGACAGCUUCACUGUGUUCGCAUUCAGACAGAACCAACUUUGCACUUUGUCUCCUGCGCUGACCUAUGGCAAGCCGUUUUAGCUUAUAUUGUUUCCAGCGUCACUCAUUGCAUUUUUACUAGUAAGAAUUCAAUUGUAGAGCUCUGUAAUUAACAAUGAAUGUAAAUAAAUGGAGACAUAUGACUAGUAAAAAUGAAUUUGAAGAGCUCUCUAAUUGCAAUUGUUACUAGUAAGAAUGCAAUUACGCAGAGUAACGCUGCACAAUGCAAGUUAAAAUGGCUUGCCAUACUGACCCGUUUAGCACAGAACUGACUGAAACGCUGUGCCAUGAUCACUGUUCACAGUGUUUCAAGAAAUUAUUUUUUAAAAAAUGUGAUGCUUGUAAUAUUGGGUAUAUUAACAAAUGUUUAUAAAUAUAUUGUGGAAAUGUUUAUUAAAGCUUUGCAUAUUGUGGAUAAUGUAUUUUUAUGGGAAAUGUUUAUAUCAAGCAAAUUUAAAAUGAAUAUAUUUUGUAAGAUUAAGCACUAAAACCCUUUCAUACUGUGGAUUAUUUAAAGUUUUUAUAGUAUUUUAUUAUAUAAAUAAAGUGUUUAAGUAAUAUUCA